ACGUAGAGAGCUACAGAGGAAAGUGCAGGAAGCUCAAAUAUCGGUUGAAGAGCGGGAGGAGAUGAUGAGGAAUUUGGAGAGGAGAGAAACAGAAUAUAUGAGGCUUCAGAGACGUAAAGUUGGAAUUGAUGAUUUUGAGCAAUUAACCGUAAUUGGUAAAGGUGCUUUUGGUGAGGUGAGGCUAUGUCGUGCUAAAGGUACAGGAGAGGUUUUUGCCAUGAAGAAGUUAAAGAAGUCAGAAAUGCUUAGCCGCGGACAGGUUGAACAUGUUCGAUCAGAGAGGAACUUGCUGGCAGAGGUUGACAGUAGAUGCAUAGUAAAACUCCAUUAUUCAUUCCAAGAUGCAGAUUUCUUAUAUCUCAUCAUGGAAUAUUUACCUGGUGGUGACAUUAUGACAUUGUUGAUGAGAGAAGAUAUUCUUUCUGAGGAUGUUGCUCGUUUCUACAUUGCUGAAAGCAUUCUUGCUAUUCACUCAAUACAUCAGUACAACUAUGUCCACAGGGAUAUAAAACCAGAUAACCUGAUACUGGAUAAAAAUGGCCAUUUGAAGCUUUCGGACUUUGGAUUAUGUAAGCCUCUUGAUGAUAAGUAUUCAAGUAUAUUGGAAAAUGAAGAUUUUACCAGUCAAGAAUCAACUAGUGAAACUGAUGGAUACUCUGCGUCCCCUUGGUUGAUGCCUAAGGAACAAUUACAGCAGUGGAAACGUAAUCGGCGAACAUUGGCAUAUUCAACGGUUGGAACUCUUGAUUAUAUGGCACCUGAAGUUUUGCUCAAGAAGGGAUAUGGAAUGGAAUGUGACUGGUGGUCUCUUGGGGCAAUCAUGUAUGAGAUGCUUAUUGGGUAUCCUCCCUUCUGUUCUGAUGAUCCAAGGAUGGCCUGCCGAAAGAUUGUUAACUGGAGAACAUGCCUGAAAUUCCCUGAAGAACCCAAGAUAUCAGCUGAAGCUAAGGAUCUCAUAUGUCGCUUACUAUGUGAUGUUGACACUAGACUAGGAACCAGAGGAAUAGAAGAAAUAAAGGCUCAUCCAUGGUUCAAGAGUGUUCAGUGGGAUCUGCUUUAUGAAUCAGAGGCUGCAUUUAGACCUACAGUUACUGGAGACUUGGAUACGCAAAAUUUUGAGAAGUUUCCUGAUAUAGAAGGUCCACCAUCUGUAACUGCAACUGUAGGACCUUGGCGAAAGAUGUUGACAUCCAAAGACACCAAUUUCAUAGGAUAUACUUUUAAGAAAUCAGACAUUCUUAAAUCACUUGAAAAUUCAGGUGCAGACGUUAAAGUAAAUGGAUCAUCAAAUGCCCCAUCAUUGAUAUCCUUGUUAGGUAGGAUUGAUUUGCAAGAUACCGUCAUCCCAGAAACUGAGCAGAAGCCAUAAACUUGAAUGAAAACCCUUGCAUGUUUAAUGUACUGGAUUUGAUCCUGUAUGCUAUUCUUUAUGCUUGUCAAUUUGAAGAUUAUAGAGUGAUUGAAUGUUAGCAAGCAUGCAUGUUCUUAACUCAUUACAGCCAAAUACUGCAGUCAGUAAAUACGGUAAGAUCAUGGAUUGGAUUCAUCACUCAUUCAUGGUGGACUUUAGUACCUUGCGGCUCACUUCUACUACUACUGCUUUCUGCACUGUCAAAAACCCAAAAUGAUGAUUCCAUAUAUUGUGACACCAAGUCAAAGCUGUGCUGUUCGUAUAUAUAAUCCUAUAUACAUAUUCAGUUUCACUUA